AUGGAGAACAGUAGAACAAUCCCCAACAACAUGGAGAACAGUUCAAAUAUUAAAAUCUCCAAAAACAUGGAGAACAGUAGAACAAUCCCCAACAACAUGGAGAACAGUUCAAACAUUAAAAUCUCCAAAAACAUGGAGAACAGUAGAACAAUCUCCAACAACAUGGAGAACAGUUCAAAUAUUAAAAUCCACCAAAAACAUGGAGAACAGUAG